UAAAAAAUAUUAAAGCACUUCAACUUGAACGCACUUACAACCCAGUUUUGAACUCUGGUUACUUGGCCAUCCAGCGCAUCAAGGGCGCACAAUUGCCCACUUCACGGUCCUCCAGACAUAAAGGACCUGCUCCCGCACACAGGACGUAGUACGUAGUAUGUGUCCCAUUCCGAGGACUGCACUUCGGGUGUGUGCGUGAUUUGCAUAUAUGCAGGCCAAGUCGAGCAGCAGCGCCGGCAACAACAAUUGCAACCAAAACAAAGAUGCUGCGCUCCUGACACUGAAACCCGCACAAGGCCAAUCGACGAAAUCAGGCCACGCACACGAAUUCCGGCACGGUGGCGGUGGCGAUGACGAUGGCGAUGACGUAGCGAUGCGAUGCGAUGCGAUGCGAUGCUCCCGGCAAACGGCCUAUUGCCACAGAAGGCCGGCUUCCCCAGAACCCCAGAGCCACAGACAACCACUCCCAGCCAUCUCCCAUCUCCAGGAGCAGAGGUAA